AUGGAGCUACAUUACACAUGUGCUUCAGAGCAAACUGAUCUAACACGUGAAGAGGGAAACAAAUUAGUUGUAUCUUUCGAGGAAACUACUAGAUAUAUUACAUCACUGUCUUCCUUCAACUAUAAGUUUAUAACUGAACUAGAUCAUGCUUUAAGUGAUGGCGUAAGUAGGGUUGGAAGACAAGCAUUGGAGUGGAGAGCGUCGACCUUACCUUAUAAAGCAAGCAGCCCCGACCUCCGCACGGAGUAUAACCGUGAUGCGGCUACGGCGGCUAAAAAAUAA